AUGUUUGGCCGUUCGAGAUCCCGCAGAGCGCUAAGAAAGUCGCAAGGGAACGCCAGCUCGCCCGAGAUUGGCUCUUCCAGCAGCAUCAGGGAAGACCCUGAGUCGGCGGCUUCCGUUUGCACAAGCAUCACGUCGAACCUGAAGCAGCUGGACCUGGCAGCCAAGGAGACCGUGCGGGCCGCGCCACCUUCAGCAUACCGGGGAGCUCCGGUGGGCCAGCGCCAAGAAAUGGACGAAUUGUUUGCGAUGGAAGACGAGCUGCUGACAAUAGUCAGGGCGUUCCAGAAUACCAGUUUGGUGCGCAAAAAAAUGCUGGAGAGCCUGAUCACCAACAAUUUCGGCGUUUUCCGGUGCAGCACGGCACACACGACCAGCAUCGAGAUGCUCGAGCGGAUCCAGAACACCGUGAACUCGCUGAUCUCGUUUGCGAUGCUGCUGAACCAGUCGGACCAGCCGCAGGACGAGUUCGACGACAUGAACCCGUAUUACGCCGGCGUGCACACCCCGCCGCGCGCGCGUGCCAGCAUGCGCGUCCCGCGACACCUCUACGAGGCGUACUACCCGAUGACUCCUUACAGAUAA